AUGGCUUUCAAUUCUAUCACAAUCAUUGUCGCUCCCUAUCAUGUCGGCGUCUACGAUUACCGCGUCGGUGGCGGCCCUCUUCGCCUCCUUUCUCAUGGCAUCGACCGUGAUUUAGAGAAACUGGCACCAAUUUCAUUUAUCAACAUUGGACCUGUUGAUGAAUUUGAAGGCGAGAUUGGAAGAACCUUUGAGAUCAUUCGCCGUAUCUCCGACGCUGUCUACAAGGUCGUCAAAAACAAUUCGUUCCCCCUUGUCCUUUCCGGCAACUGCUAUGCGAGUGCCGCGACCAUGGCUGGUCUUAAUAAAGCAAGGCUGGAACAGACCGCCUCGACCCCAAAGCCCGGAGUCUUGUGGCUCGACGCCCACGAUGACCUUGACACUCCUUCGACUCAUGAAAAUGGCUACCUCGACGCCAUGGCUGCCUCCAUGAUGACCGGGACGAGCUGGCAUACACUGAUGAAGACGGUUCCCGGCCACAAGCCAGUCGAAAUCAAGCAGGUCAUAUAUUGUGGGCUACGAGAUGUAUCUGAAACACAAGCCAAGGCUGUUAAGGAUGCUGGGGUGGAUGUAGUUUGGGGCAAGGCUGAUACCAAGGUAGAUUUCACCGCGAGCCUUGCUCAAAUUCUGGAUCGGCGAAGCGAUGUAACGCAUGCCCAUAUCCACCUGGAUUUGGAUGUCUUGGAUGAGUCGUUGGGUCGUGUGAACGAGUUCCCUUCUCCCGGUGGUUACCUACCUGAAGAUCUAAUGGGCGUGAUGCAAAUGAUCCCCCUCAAGGUCAAUCCGACCUCCCUUGUCGUCUGUUCGUUUAAUCCUCGCCUCGAGGGCGGUGACACAGUGGCCAGGCUUGCCUGUCAAGCAAUUUACCGAUUCAUCGAAGGCAUCAUUGCUAAAGACGCACCUAUUCAGACUUCACAUCAAUCGUGA